AGAAAACCGAGUACUUGUAGCAGGCUAUAGGCUACAGAAUCUUCCCACGGGAGAUUAGUAUAAAAACGCUCAGGGGAAAAAAAGCCUUUGUGUUCGGCAACAAUGACACGUGGGCGAUGUUGAAUUUGGACAGUUUAGCCCUUGCAGCCCUCCCACUCAACAGAGAAAAUAUUGACAGUGUUAUGGGUGACGGAGUUGGUGGCCCCCCUCAUCCACCAAUUGUAUUUUAUGGCAAUUCGAGAUCAAUUGAGACCUGUCGUUGAACAAAGAAAUAUCAUGGCCGCAUCAAACAGCCGACGAGACGUCAAGUCAAAGUUAUGGAUCCCAAUGAUCGUUAUUGUCGUGGUUGUACUGCAAGUAGCUUCGACAACUGGACUCCUCGUCUUCUUGAACAUGUCAGUUGCUCAGGUGAGGAGUCAAGGGGUGGCUGAGGAGUUACGUUGCCUGGGGCUCCUUAAUGCCCUGGAGAAAGACCAGGAGAUACCGGAGUCUCUGGUUCAACUGUUUGGGGAGCCCUGCAUCAAACUGGCCCAGGGAAUAAGGGCCUAUGUCACCAAGGUGACAGAAAACAUUAUUUCAAAACACGCCGUUCCAGAGCCCAGUGCCCAGCCCAGAACCAAGCCCGUCAGUUCUGCAGGGCAUCAGAAGCCCUCUGCUCACCUCACACUCCGAGACAGUAGCUUACAGGGCCCUAUAUCCCUGGCCCCUCAGAAAGACCUGCAUCAGUCCUGCCGCCACCCGGUUCGGUCCUGGGGCAACCAGAGUUUCGGCUCCCAUCUCCACAACAUGACCCUGUCUCAUGGACGCCUACGUAUACCCCGGUCCGGACGUUAUUACUUGUAUGCCCAGGUGUACUUCCGCUAUCCCUCCCUCACCCACGAGGGGGGUAACCACCAUGGGGGCUCCUCCAGCUACCAGCUGGUCCAGUGUGUCUACAAGAAGACGUCAUACACCAAGCCCCUUCAGUUGCUGAAGGGGGUGGGCACCAAGUGCUGGGCGCCUGACACUGAGUAUGCCCUCCACUCUGUCUACCAGGGAGGCCUGUUUGAGCUGAGGGCCGGGGAUGAGAUCUUUGUUUCUGUGUCGUCGCCUACAGCCGUGCACGCAGAGGACUCAUCCAGCUAUUUUGGGGCAUUUCGAUUUGACCCAUGAGCGUGGAGGUUAAGGAGGGAAAAGCUCUCACACAAGAGGAUACUAAACAUGUACUGUACAUAGACUACAAAUCCCCAUGGUUCUGACAUAGCUUGCUGGUGCACAGGCCAUUAAUAAAACUGGCUCACAGAUGGCUACAUUAGAACUAUAUAUUUGAAUAAGAGUGGUGCGGACUAAUUGGCAUCCCGCUUUGGUACUGUAGCACAAUCACGAAUAAGAAUCUUCAGAACUAAGAGGGAUAGUGGAAAUGCAUAAGACUAAGGAAUGUGUGAAUUCUUCGAUAUACAGUAUGGCAUGCGGCACUACCAACUACCAACGAUAACUAUAGCUCUGGUGUCCAUAUGAAACCACUCUUCAGCCCUGAUCUCUCUAGACAUACCGGUUGCUUCCCACAAUGUACAUGUUGCCCUAAGUCUGGGAUUUCCAAGACUGAUCUGACCUGUAACUUACACAAAAUUUGAUUUAAAUUUGAACAUUUGUUUUUGAUUUAAACAAGCACUCUAGCACCAGGGUGUUAUUUUAGUGUUGAAUGUACCUAUUGAGAAUACAAACUCUAACUAUAGCUAAUUAUGGAUAAUUAACAAACAAUGGGCUCAAGGGGUAAAAACAAGGAAUGGUGAAAGUUCUUCUUGAUCCUGGCAUAAUCUUCCAAUUUGUACAAAACCUUAUUUAAUGGGCGUCGGUAAGGCUCGAAGGGAUUUUGGUAAUGGCCCUCUUGGGAUUCCUUCAUCAUACUGAGAAUUCUACUAUUUAUUCCGUUUAGCAUAGGGCGGUGCACAAUUGGCCCAGCGUCGUCCGAGUUAGGGGAGGGUUUGGCUGGGGAGGCUUUACAAGUAGUCCAUCAUUGUAAAUAAGAAUUUGUUCUUAACUGACGUGCCUAGGUAAAUAAAAUAGCAAUGAACUGCUUUUUUUCAGCAACAACUUUUGAUUGUUUUCUGUGGGUGGAGGUAUUACUGAUUACUGCAGUUAACCAGAUAUCAGUACUAGUACUCAGUCAUACUCCACUGGACAUAUGCAUCAACUUUACGUCUGUUUGAUUCAACCAGUGUGUUCCCAGUGGGACAGAGAUUCAGCACUGGACAGUAACUUAGUACUACUGUAGACGACUAGCUAAUAAUACUAUAAUAAUAAGUAUAACGCAAACAUCUAGCAACCCAAAGGUUGCUUGUUUGAAUCUCAUCACUGACAACUUUAGCAUUUUAGCUAAUUAGCAACUACUUACUUUUUGUUGUUGUUGCAACUACUUAGCAUGUUGGCGAACUCUAACCCUAACCCGUUGAGCUAACCUUCCCCUAACCCUAACCUAACUAACUAACUUUAACCCCUCGAGCGAAUGUUAGCCAACUACCUAAAAUUAGCGGUAGCCAACUAGCCACCUAGCUAACGUUAACCGCAACAAAAAAUUGCCAUAAUGUCAUACGAAAUGAAAUGGAUGAUGGACAUUCCACUAAUUAACACACCAUAUGAAACAUAACAUAUCAUGCUAAAUACAGAAUAAUACAAAAUACUCCGAGACCAUGUUGGUGACAAAGCCUCUACAAUUAAGACUGUUGUAAUGUUCGCCAAGUUUCUCUCAAUGUAAGACCUUAAAUCUGCUCCCUAACAAAGCUGAGUGAUGGUAAGAGCUGAAACAUGGAUUUUUUUUUAAAGCAUGAAAUUGCCUUGGUCUGUUUUCAAAAUAUCAUUUGUGUCAUUACAGCGGUUCCAUACGUUGUGUGGCAAAAAUAUUAUUUGUAUUUUAUUCUGUUGUAUUUCAUUAAAUUCUUAGCCUACUAUAAAAUAUGUAUGUUGAUUGUGAUCAGGGUAGCCUACAUGUGUCUUGUCUGUGUAACGAACAAAAUAACUAUGGAUUUCAUGUGCAUGGCGUAGCCAUCUAGCCCAUAGACUGCACAGACCAGUCACAUAAUUAAACCCAAUAUAUGCCAUUCUAUUCUUUUGAAAAUACAUUUUAUUAGUCUUGUGUUUUUUAGGAUUUGCCUAAAAACGAAUUAAUAAUGGAUUUCUUUGUGACGGUGUAGUCUAUAUUCAAUGGAUUUAUUAAAAUACUAUAGGAUGCCCACCCACAUCUACUCCCACCCCUGAAUUUGCCAGCAUGUGGACAGGCGAUUUAAAAAAAGGCCUAUCUCGGCAAGAAUGUGGUAAAAAUGAGAUUGUAUGAAUUGGGUUUUAAAAAACAUUGCCCGUUUUAUUUUUACAGGCAACAUUCCUGUGGAAAAAAAAUGCAAAAAAUAUUAAGUAUUGUCAGAGCCAAUUUUGAACUUCCUGUUAAGCACUCUUCAGGGCCACAUCCUAAUGGACAAUGUGUUAUUGGUUUGUUUGGGUUUGAUGUAAAACUGUUUGCAAUGUCUAAAAAGAGUGACUCUUUGACUGUGUAUUUGACUAUUGUUUGAAACUAUAAACAUUUACUGUCUAGACAUCUUCCUGUCACUUUCUACUGAAAGGCAUGACAGGCCACCCACACACAGCCCUCAGCCCACAGCAUUGAGUCAUAAUGGUUAGAUCCUCAGGGAGGGAUUCAAUGGGUUCAUGAUGUUGGAGUGAGAAUGACUCCAAACGUACUUAUUGGUGAGUAACUGGGCACAAUGAGCACAAAUUUACUCAUGUGAAAGUCAAUGUUGUUUUAAUUCAAGGCAAAUAUGAAAUGACAGGGAAUAAAUUGAUAUUUCAAUA